AUGUCCAGAGCCGGGCGCAAGUCCACAGUAGAUGUCCCGCCUCUACCUGUAACUACACAGCAGUCUAUGGGGGAAACAGUAGCUGCACGGCGGAGUGCUCGCAACAAGUCUGUUGCUGACACUACACCUACUACACCUACCUUUGUGUCAACAGAGACGUCGGCCAAGCGAAAGCGUUCCACAAAAGGUCCAGAUACACCAGCCUCGAAGAAGACAAAGAAAGCAUCAAAUAACAAGUCUGCCACAGCGGCCAUGAACACACCAUUGAAGUCUAAGCCAGCAAAGGCUCGAAAGCAUGGGGCUAUACAGGUCAAUGUAGACAUGCCUGAGGAAGCGAGAGAGCAUGCAGAGCCAGACAUUGACUCUAGUGGUCCAGAGGAUAAUGACGACGGUCAUGGCAUAAUUGAGAAUGAGCGGGAACAUGACCGACAAGCUGUACACUCCUUUGAGAUGGAGGCGGCACAUUUCCGUUCAUCAUUGUCGGAAACUAUGGUGACACAAGAAGUCGCUAGGAAGCUCGAAUAUGAGUUGCCACGGAUCACUAAUGAGAACCUUCCAACAUCGAAGAAUGUUCCUGUACCUGUACCGGUCAAUAAAACACGUUUGACUACAACUCUUCCGGCGACAGUUCCACUGGUGGGUCCCACUGGGAGAGAUCGUACCACUAUUGCAGUUCAUUGCAAGGGGACUUCUGGGCACACCUGGAUUCUCAGCAAAAGCGGACAAUCUACAACUAUGCAAGGUGUAAUUGAGCGAGCCAUCAAAGAGGGUAAGGCUGAGCUUUUAACAGGCCACAAGUAUUGUCCUUUGGAUUCGGAAGAAGUGAAGCAACUCGCUAUAAGCUCACUAAUCAAGGCUGCAGAACAAUUAGGAUAUGAGGGCGAGCAUGAUGUAGCUGAUCGUUUGGAACACGGAGAGCAUGACACGUAUAUCAAGCCUUUGACAGCUUAUGUGGCUAGCCGCAUUGGAAACGAGCGAGCAAAGGAGCUGAAAGGGAGUGGAUUGAGUGCCGUUGUUGUUAAUGCUUAUGGAUUGAAUAACUUCGGAGGGACUAUGACUGCAGCUCAAAUAAUCCUUACCAAACAUUUCAUGUAUGGUCUCGAUCUGAAUGGCAAUUUCGAUAAUCUCAAACCUUUCCAACAUCCUGCGUACAUUGCCUAUAUCCAAGGGACAUUCUUCGGUACAGGGUUAUAUGGUACAGUGAUCCGAGGAUGUCAAGGCCGUUUCACCUCCUCAAAUCAGAGCAAGCCGCUAGAAUUGGAGCUCACAAAAGGCAUGGUGGCCCUCGCAACAGCUGGGAUUCACGCAUUACUCAAUGACUACUCGCGUGGUGGUCGUCCCGCAAGCUUCCCAGCCACAGAGUCUGCUGCGAUUUGGAGGACUGCCAUUUGUACCCUUGAGAAUAUCGAACGUGUCAACCGCGCGCUCUACCAUAAGAUUAUGCAUGAAUUGUACAUGGCAACUUCUGGUGCAUUGCCACUUGCUCAGCAUGGUUGGUCGCAGCAACAAAUUCUUGACACAACAGAUUGGGCUGCGCUUGCUGCAGUCAAUGUUGACACUUCUCCCGCUGCUCCUGCUGCCUCUACAACAUAG